AUGGUCCCGCUCUGGAUCUACGCUAUUCUCGCGCAUUCAACGAAAAGAGAGAUGGACACGAAAAGGUUUACGUCGUUGAUUUGGGAUCACAUAAUGCGAAUCUUGAAUAACAUUGUACCAUGUGCGACCAUGGAGUUAUCAUUAGGAAACCCGGAAGCGUUCAUCACAACAUUUUUCACGGCGCUCGGCAGUAGUACCGCAUCAGGCGACGUCAUACGGAAGAUAGUUGCAGAUUCGGUGACGAUUCACCUGGCAAAUCAAAUAGCUGCUCUGCUGAAAAAUGACGAUAAGGAGCUACAGGAACGAGUAAUAAGAGUAUGUGGCGAGAUGUUCUGUAAUGUUGGUUCCAUUCUGUUGUCCAUCGCUGAAGCCGAUGCACAACGUACCGGGCUUAACCGUACUGCUUUUGUUGUGCUGACACAAGCUCUGGUUUCUAAGAUGGUUAAAAGUUCAAUGGAUCCGGAUUUCCUACUGCAAAUUGUUCCAUCAUAUGUGGCAGCACUAGUAAGAUUGCCGUACAGAAUUUUCAUCUACUCUCGUAUCAAGGAUCUGCUCUUCAAGUUUGGAGACGAUUCAACGAUAGCGUCAAGAAUAACAGUGGAACUCGAGUUCCUGCAUGGGACGGCACACUACAACCAGCUGGCUAAGGAAUCUGAUCAACGGUUACGAAAAUUUGUCACGAGUCCUGAGCAAUAG